AUGGAAACAUGGACAUCGGAGCCUUCUUCUUCCUCUGAUGGAACAGCGACUGGUCAAACUACUGAACAAUUGAUUCAACUGCCGCAUUUUGACGCCAAAGCGGAAUUCGAAAGGCGCUUUUCGGGGAAAAAGAACCGAUGCAGCGAAGUACCGGUUAUCGUUAAAAAAGCCAAUCUGAAACCGAGCACGGAGGAACGACUAUCGAGACAUCCUGGUGAUCGCCCGCUUAUUUCGUCGGCAUCCCGGACGAACGCUGACGAGAAGCCGGAUUUCAGUUUCAUCAUUAGUAAAGACGAUGACAGCAAUUAUGGCUCGACAAAUGUGAGUUUUUCAGCAACGUUACAUUCUGGGAGAUUAGAUCGCCUGAGUAGAAGCGUUAAAACUUGA